CGUCCCGCUUGGUUCUGCUGUGGGACUUUCCCUUCAGCUCACAGGUCCACCCCCUGGGGACACGCUCAGGCGGUGCUCCUGUCCCGCACUCCCGCCCUCUGCCUUUCAUUCCAGACGCCAAGAUCUUGGAAGCUUUGAAGGCCCAGCAAAGAAGGAAACUCCACUGAGAACAGUUCGUAAAGUUAGGUGUCCUGGGACAACCUGCUCUGUCAUCCCCUCUGCAAAAAAACUCUCCAUCUUGCACUGAGGACCCGAAGGAGGCAGCACAGUCUGCAAGAUUUCACUGUGAGACCAUGUCAUUUAGAUUUGGCCAACAUCUUAUCAAGCCCUCUGUGGUAUUUCUCAAAACUGAGCUGUCCUUCGCCUUGGUGAAUAGGAAGCCCGUUGUACCUGGCCACGUCCUCGUGUGCCCGCUGAGGCCAGUGGAGCGCUUCCGUGACCUCCGUCCUGAUGAAGUGGCUGAUUUAUUCCAGGUGACCCAGAGAGUUGGGACAGUGGUGGAGAAGCAUUUCCAGGGGACCUCCAUCACCUUCUCCAUUCAAGAUGGUCCUGAAGCUGGACAGACUGUGAAGCAUGUACAUGUCCACAUUCUUCCCAGGAAGGCAGGGGACUUCCGCAGGAAUGACAGUAUCUACGAUGAGCUCCAGAAACAUGAUAAAGAGGAAGAGGACGCCCCAGCCUUUUGGAGAUCGGAGGAGGAGAUGGCUGCAGAGGCGGAAGCUCUGCGUGUCUACUUUCAGGCAGGAAAGUAACUCAAACAAAUCCCAAGGCUUAAGGAAAUGGGCCUCGUUCUCCUGGACUCCACAGCACUGGAAAUGAAGUUAGCAGCCUUUAUUAUGUCCCCCGAUUCUGCAGCCUUUUGCAAAGCAUUUUAUCGCCCUUGUGGAAGCCAGUGGGGUUAGGCUUCCAUCACGAUGACUGACAGGCUAGCUUCACCAACAGUAACAGUGACAGCCUGCCACGGUUUCUCAGUUAUGCCCGUAGAAUAGGACCUUCUCCAAACUGUCCCUUAGCCUGGAUGAAAAUAAAGUGGUAGCUAAAAUA